CUCCUCAUUCUCCUCCUCCCUGUUUCUGUCUGAGGCGACACGCAGAGGAGCAGAGCUCAUCCUGAGCGCAGGAGUCAGUUUGAAACGGGACUUCAGACGGUCAAACUGUGGAUGCUGCAGCACAGGAAAUGCCUUGUGGACUCUUGUUAGUCGUUUAGCGAUUUGACUUCUCUGGGGAGCCCUUGUUUAUGUGAACACCGAGCGCGAGAGGGGGAGAAAAGUCCGUGGAAUAACUGAGGGCAUCUAUAGUGCGCCGGGAUGCUCGGGAUAAGACAUUUCACUUUGACAACAGCGGCAGUAGCUGUGCUGCUGGCAUGUGUGUUGUCCUUCAACGUGGACCAGAAUAAUGGUUUGUCGUUCAAUGGUCCGGUGGAGGAUAUGUUUGGCUACACAGUCCAGCAGUUUGAGAACAGUGAGGGGAAAUGGGUCCUGAUUGGAUCGCCGCUGUCGGGCCAGCCAGCCAAACGGACAGGAGACGUGUACAAGUGUCCUGUGGGGACGGGGGACAACACAUGUGUUAAACUGGAACUGCCUAAAAACACAACCGUUCCCAACUUACAUGAAGUCAAGGAGAACAUGACCAUGGGAACCACGCUGGUGACCAAUCCCAAUGGAGGAUUUCUGGCCUGUGGUCCUCAGUAUGGCUACAUGUGUGGGCAGCAGCAGUACAUCUCAGGAGUUUGUGCGAAUGUCAGCGAUUCCUUCCAGAUCCUCAACUCUGUGGCACCGGCUGUGCAAGAGUGUGCAAAGGAGCUUGACAUCGUGAUCGUUCUGGAUGGAUCGAACAGUAUCUACCCCUGGUCCAGUAUCAUCGAUUUCCUGCGACGUUUCAUUGAGAAAAUUGAGAUCGGACCUAAACUCUCACAGGUGGGGAUAGUGUCCUAUGGUGAGACUGUUACUCAUCGUGUCAACCUGAGCCAGUUCGACAACACUCGUGCUCUGCUGGAUUUCGUUGAAGACCUUCCUCAGCAGACCGGCUUCAAGACUAUGACUUUCCUUGGCAUCGAUACUGCCAGGAGGGAAGCUUUCAUGCCGGAGCGUGGUGCACGACCCGGGGUGAAGAAAGUCAUGGUGAUUGUGACUGACGGAGAGUCACACGACUUCCAUAAUCUGGACAAGGUCAUUGGAGAGUGUGAAGAUGAUGACAUCGAGAGGUUUGGCAUUGCUGUUUUGGGAGACUACAAUCGUCAGAACAAAAGUGCAGAAGAAGUGCAGAAGUUUAUCAAGGAAAUCGCAUCCAUCUCCAGUCAGCCAUUACAAGACCACUUCUUCAAUGUGUCUGAUGAGGUGGCGUUGUUGAGCAUUGUGGAUGCUUUGGGAAGCAAGAUUUUUGCCUUGGAAGCUACAACCGGCAAUUUCACCUCCUCCUUUGAGAUGGAGAUGUCCCAAGCUGGCUUUAGCGCACAUACUUCGAAGGAUGGUGUGUUACUGGGAGCAGUGGGAGCGUAUGACUGGAAUGGGACUGUGGUAAUGCAUACUGCUGGAGGAACAAUUGUUCCAGGGAAGACCGAGUUCUAUGACCCAGAGACUGAGGCCGGGUACGAAGGACUCGCUGGGUAUCUUGGCUAUGAUGUUCAGUCAGCAUCCACCCCUGAUGGAGUGCUGUACAUCACAGGUGCACCGCGGUACAACCACACAGGCCGCGUUGUUAUUUACCGUCUGAAUGAAAAGAACAACAUAGUCAUCUCACAGAUACUGAAAGGAGAACAGAUUGGUUCCUACUUCGGCAGCGUCCUGCAGACCGUCGAUGUGGACCGUGACUCCUUCACGGAUAUCCUCUUGGUUGGAUCUCCGAUGUACAUGGGCACAGAAAGAGACGAGCAAGGACAGGUCUACGUCUACAAACUUAAGGAUGGCCAGUUUGAGCACGAAUUCACUUUAAAGCCAAUCAAUCAGUCCUGCUGUACUGCUCACUCCGCCACCUGCACCAAUAAAAAUGAACCAUGUGGCGCCCGGUUUGGUACGGCCAUUGCGGCAGUAUCAGAUCUCAACCUUGACGGGUUUAACGACGUGGCGAUUGGCGCGCCUUUUGAGAAUGACCACCGAGGGGCCGUUUACGUCUAUCAUGGAGAUAAGACAUCACUGAAGGAGAAAUUUGUGCAGCGUAUCCCUGCAGGUGGGGAUGGUGAAAAAGUAAAAUUCUUUGGCCAAUCCAUACAUGGAGUCAUGGAUCUCAAUGGAGAUGGGAUCACAGAUCUCUCCAUAGGAGGUCUGGGAGGGGCGUCACUAUUCUGGUCGAGAGAUGUCGCAGAACUCCGUGCCAACAUGACUUUUGACCCCGCUAAAAUCAACCUGCAGCAGUCUCAGUAUCAGUGUGAACAUGGCGGACGCAAAUCAGUGUGUGUGACAACUGAGGUGUGUUUCAUCUACAGUGUCAAAUCUGACAAUCAAGAUGUACAAACUGAUGCAGCUAUCCGCUACAGUCUGACUCUGGAUGCUCUGCGUGCCAAAGCCAGGGCCUCCUUUAUUGACUCGGAUGACAAAAGUGAUCGUAAGAUUACUAGGGUCUUCACCAUCAAAGACAGAGAGAGACAAUGUGUGCAAGAAACCUUCAUGAUGUCGGCCCGGCUUGACUUCCGAGACCCUCUCAUGGUGUCUCUGGAGUUUGGACUUGCUGAAGACAAAGGCCCCGUCCUGGACGAAAGCCUACCUAGAUCCAUCAAUAAGACAAUUCCCUUAGUGGACUGUGGAAGCCAUGAGAGGUGCAUCGCUGAUCUCUCUCUCAAAGCAAAGCCAAGUGUCAAUAGAAUGACGAUCAUAUCGAACAAAGACAAGUUUGACGUGAGCAUCAACGUGAGAAACAGCAAAGACCCUGCAUACAACACCAAAGUUAUCCUCAGCUUCACUCCCAACAUCAACUUUGUCAAAGUGGAGCCGGAAAAGGAAUGCACUCUGAAUAACACAAGAGUGGAGUGUGCUGUUAGAUACCCCUUCUUGGGAAGCAAUGAAGAGGAAGAUUGCAAAGUCAAAUUUGAGGUAAAUCCCAAGCAUAUCCAGGACGUCAUUCAGAUCAACGUGACAGCUACAAGUGACAGUGAAGAGUGGAAUUCAACACUGCAUGACAACACGGUGCUAAUCUCCAUCCCUGUAACGUAUGAAGCUGGACUCAUAUUCUUAGUACGGCAUGUGGGUGAUUCCAUCAUAGUCAAAGAGGGUGAAAAGUUUCCCAGUGUCUUCAAUGAGACCAGGAUGAUCGGAGAGGAGGUCAACAUCAGCUACACGGUGGAGAAGUCAGGUGAUAUGGUGACUCCACCCCUCGACCUUACAGUGAUGUAUCCUCACCUGUCCCCUCGGCAGAAUAACUUAUUGUACCUGACACAUGUCACCACCAGCCCACAGGUGAAAUGUAACGCAGCACAAUGGAUCAACCCUCAUAAAAUUAACCCAGAAGUUAUAACUACCAAUCCAAAGAAAGAAACUCUCAGUGUCUUCCUGCUGAGCUGUGAAAACCUCUACUGUGCAUCCUUCAGCUGCUCCAUCCCCGAGGCUGCGAUCAGUCAGGUCAACGUUACAUUCAGAGUGUGGAAACCUACAUUCAUCGAGGGGGAGUUUUCCAGUCUAUACAUGUCGGUGAACGCCACACUGGGGAUCAAAAACACAAAGCUGUUUGAGCUGAACAGCAACGACAGGACCAGAAGUGUGAAGAUCCACGUUUUGAAGGAGACUAUAGGAGGAAUCCCCAUUUGGAUCAUCAUCAUCAGCAUCCUGAUAGGACUGCUGAUCUUAGCACUUGUCAUCUUUGCCCUCUGGAAGAUGGGCUUCUUCAAGAGAAAAUCAAGGGACUACUCAAAGGAGGACAUGAUGGACUGAGCUAUCCAAACAUCCAGCAGCAAGCAGCUCUGUGACCGACUGCUUCCUGAGCCAUCAGGUCGCACAAAGUGACAGGCAGACUUUUAAACAGACAGUCGGACGGACGGAGGAGACGCCAUAAGACCCAAAGACACCUCGGCGCUACGAUGCAGAAACGACCUGGGAAACGUGUCCACCGUGUCCUGCGCAGGCCGCAGUCAAAUACUGUUUGCAAAUACUUCCAGACACUUGUCCUUUGAUGCUACACUGGGGACACUGGGGCUGUUCAGAUGGUCUCACACAUAGAGAGCGCUUUCUCUUACCGUGUUUGAAGUAUUUGCAGACACUAUUUGUUCUAGAUCAGCUUCUUUCUUGUAGAUAUGCAGAAUACACCGAGCAGUUCAAGAAGAGGAACCCGGGAGGACGAAGAAACCAUCACUUAACAGGCAUCUGUUGGAAAAGUAGCAUAUAUCUGUAUUACAUACAGCAGUUCUACAAAAUCAGAAGAGAUUCAACAGCUGCACUCCAGCUUUAGAGGAAAAGAAGUACUCAGGUUUUUCUGUAUGAAGAUCAAAUGUCGCCUAAGCCACCUCACAUACUUUCUAAGCCGUUACAGCAACAAUGUCCAAAGGUCUAUUCGCUUCAGUACAAUAUGUGAGCUUGUGUUGGAGCAGCCUGUCUGACAGCUGAGACUCUUGUUUUAAAGCUCAUGUGCUUUAUUAGUUUUAUGAAAACACUGUACCUUUUAGCAUUUUAUAGCAUUUUGUUUUGGGUAUUUUUUUUUUUUUUUUUGCUGAAUUUUAACAGUAUAACAUGGCACAUCCUUGAUUUAAAAAAAAAGUUGGCUUAAGACACUGACCUGAACACAUUUAUUUUUAAGCAAAUGUGCAGCCAGUAUGUUUUUAUUUUUUUAAAUCUUAGUUAACCAAUGCAAAAGCAAACAAACAAAAAAAAUCUUGUCCGGACUCCGAUGUUAAAUGUUUGUACUAAGUUUCACUGAGGGAUACAGAAAGCUGCGCCUUCAAAAUCCAAAACUUUGAUUGUACUGUAAAUAUACGUAAAUGCUCAGCUAUGUAAAGCUUUAAACUUGUACAUAAUUGUGUUUGCUAUAAUUCAUGUAAUUUAAGAGAUGUUAUCCAUAUUUUUUUGUGAUCAGUGGUCAGAGAACAUGACUUUGCUCAGGUGCUAUAAUUAUCAUGAAUGAUGACAUUAACAUUUGACACGUAAGAAAGUGAUCUGGCCUGUCUCGCAAUUUCAAAGCUGUUGCAAAUAUGUAAAUAUUGUUAUAUUUUGAUGAGAAAAUGAAAGUAUGAUUAUUCUGUACUGAAAAUAUACAUGAAGAUGAGGGUUGUAUCCACUACUUUGGCUUUUGUUUGACUGAAAGUGAUGUUAAAAGCCUGAAUGACUGUGUUGUGAGGCUUUCACAUUAUUGAGACAAGAAACGUCUGUAGCAUAUUUUGAUUUUAACCUUUUUAAUUUGCAAAAUGGAAGGUUAAAACUCCUCCCAGUGUCACCAUUCGCCAGCAGCGGCUGGUAAAUGGUAUUCACUGGUAGGCGUAUUAUAGUGGAGGGCAAAUUACACAUGUACACAAAGCAUAAAGGCUCAAUAUCACCCUGUAUGCGGUACACAGUACCAGUUACCAGUACACAGUUAUUCUUUUAGGUUUUCUGUGUUUGUUUCCAGAAGUUGCACAGCUACACAAUGUGUUAAAAGAGAUUAUAUUGUGGAGACCGCUUUUCUGCCUCUCCCUCGACUUUUUUUUUUCCCUCACUGACAUACAAUAAAGCUGAGGGAAGACUGCAAGAAGAAGAAGAAGAGGAGGCAGCUUUUUAAUACUCCUCAGCUCUCACUCUCCACUGUUGACAAGAAGCACAUGUAAUAAAUUGUAUGUACAGAACUGUCGUAUGGCUACAUCAGGCUUAUGCACGAGGGCAGAGUCACGAGUCUUGCUUUGCUCACUGGAGGUGGUCUGGGAUUGUUUUCUCAGAUUUUUUAUCUCUGUUGAUGUCUGAGAAAGCAGAAAGUGAGAGUCGUGAGCUCCGCCCCAGCCUUCUACACUGCUGUGAAGUCUUCACUGUAAUGCACUGGUUUGUCAGACUGUAUGUGUAUCAUCAGCACAGAAAUUAACUGAAUCUUAUGUACAAAAAUAAAGACUUUUUACGAAAAA